GACGCCAGUCGACCGGAACUUUUUCGUUGAGAGGGCGCAGAAGGUGAUACAGGACACCAUCAAUACCAUCGUGGAUGUCCACUUCAGCAUGAAUCCGGCGUCGCUCCCACAGCAGAAGGACUUUGAAGCUGCUGACUUCAACUACGAACAGGUCACUUUCGACAGCUAUCGGUAUCACAUCGAGAACUCACCCUCCUUCAAGGGCAUGCUCACGAUGUACCAUUUCUACACAGUCCUGGCUGUGGUGCAAGAGGG